AUGAUAGCCUUAUCUAUGUACAUGAAUAGUGUGCCUGGUGCUUACGUUCAGACGAAUUCAAGAUGUAUAUUGACAUACAUUGGUGUUAUUACAGCUGCUCUAAGUAUUCAACUUUUUACAUUGGCUUGUUUUAUAUCUGGUGUUGUUACAUCCAAGGCUAAGUGCUUCAAAGUAUUGAAGUAUUGGAUUUUGGUCGGUUUAUGCUUAUUGUUAGUGAGACAGAGCCGGGCUAGUGAUUCGAGUGAAAUAGAUGAUUUGAGUGGGGAUAGUGCGGGUACUGGGUGGACUUAUUCAAGUGCAGACUCUGAGUCUUAUAAGUCAACUUGCGAAGAAUCAGAUAAGAUGAUUGCUCUUCUGAAAUCAUUUGGAUUUAGCUUUAAUAACUCCGUCGCGCGGGUUAUACCUUAUAAAACUAGUAACUCACAGAAGUUGUCCGCCGAUGCCGAGAUAAUACCAGCGCCAGAUCCAUCUUCCGUUUUAUCAAAUGUUCCCAUCUAUAUAGUCGAUUCUGUGCACGGUAUACUUAGGUUUGAAAUGCCUAACAAUUCAACCGAAGAAGAGUGUCAAACCAUUUUAAAUAGCCUAAGACAGAUUGCGUUUAUUAGGGCAUCGGCGAUUGCUGUUGUCUAUAAACCAGAAGAUAUGUCCCAACAUCAAAAGAAACUAGAAAUUCUAUCUCGAGUUGUCAAUAUGGUAGAGUGUAAUACGCUAGAAAUCAGCAUAGGUGACAACAUAAUAAAUUCGAGCCUAUUCAGCCAGAUAGACCUGGAUGCCUGCUGGGAAGAAGCACAUAAUACAUUUGUUUAUGCUAAUUACGAACUGCCAUGCUGCAUUAACUUCUCAGCUAUAAUGAAUAAUAGUAUUGCGAAUUUGGUAGAUAGUGGCGUUGCCCUGCUGCGGCCUCUCAGACAAGCUUCUCUGUGCUGCCGCGAAUUUCCAAAUGCCCAUCUUCUUAAUCUGCUGCCUCUGAUAAAUGAAUAUAGGCUCAUCUUUAAAAUCGAAACUGAUGAUGUUAGCAUUGACAUGAAAACCCUCCUCUCAAAGCCGCCCCAAUGCAGCAAUAUUACCAUUAUAGGCGCAGACAGCGCCAAGUUAAGCCUAACCGGGAUGGAAAAUGCUAUUGCUAACUACGAAAAGAUAAGUCUAUGUAUCCCAUGGAAAAUCCUUCAAUCACUGAUCCAAUCCAAUAAUUCGCUAAUCCAUGUUUAUAGCAUUGUAGGUCUUAAUAUUGAUCCGGAAACCAUCACCAAAAACAUUAUGGUUGGCAACACCCAUCUACCUUUGAAACCGCGGGUCUUUGCGAGACAAAUCCCUAUUAGAAUAGCCAAAUCACUACCAUGCAACGCCCAAGAAUACUACAAAAUGAUCUAUACCCAAGACGCCUUUAAUAGUCAUGGUAUUUCAGUUGACGAGAUCCAUAUUUAUUAUGAUAUUGAUCGGCAUGAUAUGCAUUCGACCCUAUCUAUGCUUAACAAGAUUGAUGCGAUAUCAGAAAUUCCAAAAGACGUUUCCAAUUUCAGCGUUAAGUGCACUGGCAUGAAGUUAAGCAAUCCCAAAUGGCAACUUCAAGAGGCAGUAAGCAUUCAACUAAACAAUCCUAAAAUACCACCUGAGCUCACAAACUACCGAACCCAAGGCCAUACGUUCUUCUGCCAAAAUAUACACUACAACGAAAUCCAUAUCAAAGGGGGCCACGGACCAUGGCGACUUCUCUACAACCGCUGCAUCCAUUUUCUAGAUCUAUUCCAGAGCAUUAAAGCCCGAAUGCUUAAGAUCUCGGAUCUCCGCAUGCAAAAGGACUCCAAGACUAUCUUUACUAUAGAUGUUCUACUAAGAAAGCUCAAGAAGAAACGCACAAAGAAUCUCAACAUACACAUGCUAAUCCUAGACAAUGUCGAUGUGUCUAUUAUAUACAGAAUGCUAGCCCGCUAUAAUUUAGUUCACCUAGUAGACAUGCGUAUCCUAAACCAAAACUUCAACGAUCUUGGUAUUGCUCAAACUCUCUCUCUUCCCACAAGCGGCCAAAUCAAAAGUCUCAUGGUCAACGAUUUCCUUAGUCUAAACGAGGUUGCGCAUUAUAAAAACCAAGAAUCGGUCGAAGGCUUCUUACUAUUCCGAUACGUUGAAGCAAUCAAGCAAGCAAAUCUAACGCCCAAAGAUUGUGGUCUACACAGGUUAGUUCUGGAACCAACCAACAUUAAUCAUAGCGCCUACAAGAACGUUUUAUCCGAGUUCUGGAGAUUUGGCAUUCAGAUCAGAUCUAUUUCCUUUAAAGAGUACCUCAACCUAAUAUCAAGCAACAAGCAAUACAGCCAGACAUGUCAACAAGAAUUGGGCCUAUGGUGCAGUAGUUUAACAGCCAUAAGAUCGGACCUUUCUAACUACCAAGCCAAAAACCCAACCAGCUUUAAUCCAACUCAACCUCCCCGGCUAGUAAUCCCAAGGAAACUCGUCAAGCACUUACUCAUCAACUUCGAAGACGAAGAAAUAUUAACAGAAGCAAGCCUAAUAGCCAUUCUCCGCUGGAUAUCUUACCGAUUUAAAGAGGUCAUCACGAUACAACUAGACAAUCUAUUUGUCAGCGAAAGUGUCAGAAGAGACCUAGUCACUCGCAAUUAUUGGGUUGUGUUUCUAAAUAAGCUCCACACUAUCCAAAUCCGCAACACAACAAUUGGUUUCAGUACUUCAAGUAUUUCAAUCCCAGAGGAGACCAAACAAAUCACCAUACUAGCCCAAUCGUACCAAGAUAAUUUACUCGUCCACCAUCCCAACUCCACCGCCGAGUUCAUCGUCAUACCAUCCAACAAACUCUUCCAACUUAUUACCCAGCAAACCCCACUAGAUGAUCUCAUUCCCAAACAUCUUCUCCCCAAGGAACCUAUCCAAAUGAUCAAAGCCAACAUCAAACGUCUCGACGCCAAGCAAUCCUGUUCAGUCUGUCUUGUCUACCUCAAUAGAUCAGGCAGCAGCCAAGGAGACAGACCACCAUCCAAGAGAUUCUUCCAACCCAACCCAAUACUAACCACCACCACAUCUUUCUAUUUCAAAUGCGGCCACACAACAUGUCUCGCCUGUGCAAUUACAAUCUUAGCCAGUAAACACCAAAAAUGUCCAACUUGCGACCGAUCAUCCGAAUGUAAAGCCCUAUACCAACUAAUCAGCUAUCCCCCAUCUAACUUUAUCUUUACCGAAGGGUAUGCCAACAACCCCACCGCCAUCACCAGCUGGCUCAACGACCAAGCCUGGAACGACGGCCAAGUCUAUUUCCACAUCGCCUACAAAAACAUCCACAAACUCUCACUCGACCUCGGCCGAAAGCCCUCCCAUCUCAUCCACAUAAUCUAA